CUUGCAUUGCCAAUCAUGAAACCAGCUGCCACUUCAGACAGCAAUCUGACUGAAUCAUCACAUACAGGAAAUAGUCAAUUUGCUAGUGUUCUUGCUGGAAUUGUUCGUACUCUCGCUACCAAUACAAGUCUUGUUUUUGUUGGUGUGGUCAAGAGUGCUUUACGAUGGUGGUUUCGAGUUCCUGUCAAGUUGUUUCGUCCUUAUGCUGUCAAUCCUUGGUUAGUCUUUCAUUCCAUGGCAAAGGCUCAAGGAAGUUCUUUUUCAUUACAAUUUGUGCAUCAUACUCUACGGAAAGAAGGAAUUCAUUUCUUUUCUAGGAAUGCAAUUCCUCUCUUUAUUGCCAAUGCUGCUGUUGGAAUCACUCUAUUUAAUGCUUAUUCUGUUGCCAUGUCAAGACUCUCUUUAUCCAAUGUUGAUCUACAUCCAUUCAUGGCUGGCUGUAUAGCUGGUGCUUCUCAAUCUAUACUCGCUACUCCACUCGAUGCCAUUCAAAAGAUCAUUCAUCCAAAAGAUCUGGUUCAGAAUCACCACCAUGGUAUUCAUCGUAUUACUAAAAGCAUAUUGUCACAGGUGCUUCCAACCACAAUGCUGGGAAAACUACAGUACUUGUAUCGGCAUUGGCAGUUUAAUACCAUUCGCGAUGCUGGUGGAUUCUCAUUGUUUUUUGGUGUAUUUGAAGGAGUUCGCAAGUGGGGUCGAGUUGGCGUAGCAGCAUGGAUGACUCGAGAACAAGAUACGUUGACAAAGCGAUCUUAUGCACACAUUGGAUGUGAUGGAUUAGUGACUGUUUUUGCUGGUGCUGCUGCUGGUGCUGCAUAUCAAGGAUUCACUUAUCCGUUGGAUCAAUUAUCCGAACUUGCUACAUCCGUAAAAAGCAUCCAACCAAUGCAUUCAGUACUCCCCAAUGCAACACUUGCCCUAGAUUCAACACAAUUCACAACCCUCACAAAGCACAUGUCAGAAAUCAACAGUGCACAUUCACAAGCUAGAUUCAAUGCUCAACAACCCGUUGUUACUCUGAAAAUAGCCUGGCGUCUUGUUCGACAAUAUGGUAUAUCGAGAUUCUUUCAAGGCAUACAGCCACAACUUAUUCGAGCUAUGCCGCCUAGUGCUGCCGCACUUUUUAUUUACCAACUGACAGAGGAAGCUUUUUGA